AUGUUUGCAUGGCUUUGCCGCUGCCGAAGGAGAGAUCUGGAUAUUGAGCUUGAUGUCCCAUCUCCCAUACCGACAUCUCCGACUCUUCCUAUCGUCACAGCUGGGACGGUGUUGGCAGAGCCCAACUCCGAACCUCCGACUCUCGUCAGCCGCCGAAGGAACCCGAGGCGAACCAGGGUCUUCGUGCGGAUGCCAUCGGGCGAGAUUCUGCCUGCAGAUGUGGAUCUGAACUGGACCAUCGCGCAAGCAUCCGACUACAUCAUUGCGAACUGCAGCAAUGCGUGGUUGGAAGGCUUGGGUGGAACCGGUGAUGGUUACAGCCUUCGAUUCAAGCGGAAGAUCCUGCGGAAGCAAACAACCUUAAAAGAUGCUUGGAUGAGAACGGUGCCGAGAUUGGCAGUGUUCUGGGGUUUGUGCCUUCAGAUGACGAGCCAAGCCAGGAGCCGUCGUCCCCUCAUUCCAAGAAUGAGCUCUCAGAGCAAGAGCUGCAAUGAUUGCAGCUUUUUGAGGUGCGGAGAUGCGCUGCUUGCUUGGCCGAUGAGGUCUUGUCCUGUCGACUCCGAGUUGGCCCUCAUCUGCCUGAACAACCGUGCUGCAUGCUACGCCCAGUUGAAGCGGCAUGAGCUGGUUGUGCAAGACACCUCGGAGGUGCUGCAGAAGCAGCCUGCCAACAUGAAGGCACUCCUUCGUCGGAUGGUUGCCUUGGAUGCCCUGGGAAGGGAAGAAGCGGCUCUCAAGGAUGCCAAGGACAUCCUGAUCUUGGAGCCCAAGAACUCUCAUGCAAUGCAGGUUGUUGCUCGCAAGAGAAAGAGCCUCACAAAGAAGGCGAACGACGCGCUUCCUCUGUCCACUGGGCAACCCGAAACAACUGUCGCAGUCUUCCUCUUCAGCGAGGAUCGGCCGCUUCAGUGCUAUGCCUGCCUGCGAUCCUUGCAGAAGCACUUGCACGGCGCUGCAUUGCACGUGACGGUGUUUUGGCAAGCAGCUGAGCGUGCAUGCGUUCAUUCCUACCAGCUGCUAGAAGCCCUCCCAGAGCUCAGAAGCUUGCAGCAUGGAGAGAUUGCCUGGCUUGAAGUGUCAAAGGGACAGCUCUACAGCAAUUUCUCGAGAACUGUAAGCCGCCUGUCGGCUGAUGGGAUCCGACAUUUGCUCCUACUCUCGGAUGCAGCCGUGUUCCACAGCAGCACAGAUGUUGCGGCGGCUUCAGCCUUGCUGAGCGAAAGGUCCGAAACUUUUGCAGUGCGCUUGGACUUGAAUCCUCGCAUCGAGUACUUCUCGGAAGCAGAGCUGUAUGCGUCUGCGCCCCGAUCGAAGCCAUUUGCGAACGAUCCAAGACUGAUGGUGUGGACUCGAUCUUUUGAUUCCUCGAAGAUGGCCUACGAAGCAGUGCCGCGGGAAAGUGGUUGGGAUGACAUCCUCUGCUGGACAGCGAGCCUACUUCGAGCGGAGCAUGUGGCGCACUUCUUCUCUGCACUGCAGGGAAAGCAGGUCGACAAUGUAAAGGAGCUGGACGACAAGGCUGCCGAUUGGCUCAGCAGACGGCAGCGCAUGAAGCGCAGAGAGGUCUCAAUAUGUACUGCCUGUUUCGUCGAGCCUUUGCUGAUCACGUUUGAUGCCAGUGGCUUUGGAUCGGCUAAGGAGGCCGAUGGUCUCCUCCGAGCUCAGCUCCUUCACGACUUGGGCGGGAAGGUUGUGCAGCCCGUAUUGCCGCCGCAGUGUUGGAUAGUUCUUGCAGUCUUGCAGUGGACGCUUGUCUCCGAUCGGCUUAUGUGA